AUGAUCCUUCGAAGGCUACUACUUGCUGGCAGCUUGCUGCUAGCAACUGCAUUCACUAGUGCAAAGAAAGCAGACGGUCCAAAAAUAUCUGUAACGAAGUUUAAAGAUGAACCCGUCAACCUGUUUUACUUCGAUGACUCGGAUACUGUGAUGUUCCAAGAUGGGAAGAACGGCGAUGUGUACGUCUCAAGGGAUGCUGGUGCCAAUUGGGAUAUCGUAGAUGUGAGCGGGAUGAGGGGAAAGGCCUGGUCCCUUUUGCCGCAUCCUACAGACAGGACCAAGGCGUAUAUAAUGAGCAAGGGAGGGACACAUUGGGUCACCGAAGAUCAGGCCAAAUCUUGGCGGGAGUUUACAGUCGAUGCGGAGCUCUCGCGGUAUGAGUAUCCACUCGUUUUCCACGGCAAGGAUUCGAAUAGGGUAAUGCUUCUGGGACACAAGUGCAACGGGCUCGACUGUAAGGAAAGAACAUAUUACACGACGGAUGGAUUCAAAACGGUACACCUCUUGAUGGAGAAUGGACGGCAUUGUGCAUGGGCCGUUUCAACACCAACUUUUGGGGAAGGACUUGACCUGCCGAAGGAGGUGAACGAUCGAAUUUUUUGCGUUGUGUCGGGAUUGCACUCCUCCUGGGCUGAAGCCAAUCGCCUCCUCUACUCGGAUCGAUUUUUCAAGGACGAACAAGGGACUGAAGUUCCACUUGAUAACGGCCGUGCAGUGAGUGGCGUCAUACGCACUGCGAGUGUGCAGAAGUAUAUACUGGCUGCGACGAAGUCUGCUAGAACGAACGAGCUGGCGCUUUUUGUGACCGAUGAUGCAUCAACGUGGCAUCGAACUGAGUUUGACGGACAUAGGGUAGAAGAGGAUGCAUAUACUAUUCUAGAAUCCACAAGCUACAGUCUCCAGGUUGACGUCGUAUCGACCUACUCGUCAACCAUAGGCACUCUCUUCACGUCCAAUUCAAACGGCACUUACUUUACGCGCAACAUCGAACAUACAAACCGGAAUAUGUACGGGUUCGUCGACUUUGAGAAAAUCUCUUCGAUACAGGGAAUUAUUCUUGUCAAUACUGUUAAAAACUGGGAAGAUGUUGAAAAGUCAAACGGCGUCCAGAAGAAAGUUAUAAGCAAAAUCUCAUUCGAUGAUGGGCGGACUUUCCAGCCUCUCAAGGUCGGCAAACAUGAUCUUCACCUUCACUCCGUCACUGAUGCAACGAACUCCGGUCGUGUAUUUUCUAGCCCCGCGCCUGGUUUAGUUAUGGGAGUUGGAAACACAGGCGGCCAUCUCAAGGAUUACUUGGACGGCGAUUUGUUCGUUUCCGACGAUGCAGGGAUUAAUUGGAGGAAAGCUCUGGACGAUGCUCAUAAAUAUGAAUUCGGUGAUCAAGGCUCUGUGAUUGUCGCUGUUUUUGAUGAAGGGAGAACCGACAAGAUUUCAUACUCUCUCGACCAUGGCAAGAAUUGGCACAAGGCUUCCCUACCCGAUGGCGUCCAAAUUCGUGCCAAAGUGCUAACCACAGCACCUGGCUCGACAACUUUAAAGUUCCUGUUACUUGGAUCAGCCAAAGCUGACAUCGGUAUGGAAUACUACAUCAUUUCUAUUGACUUUGCCGAAAUGGAGGAACGCACUUGUGAGGAGAAAGACUUCGAAAAUUGGCCUGCCAGAUUGAACGAGAAAAAUGAGCCGGAUUGCUUGAUGGGCCAUAAACAGUUUUACCGACGGAGAAAGGCACAGGCUGAUUGCUUCAUCAAGAAGAAAUUCGAGGAACCAGCUCCUGAAUUUGAGCGCUGCAAAUGCACGGAAGAAGAUUUUGAAUGUGACUUCAAUUUUGUUCGUGGUGAAGACGGAAAAAGCUGCAUCCCAUCCAGGUCCUUGAUUGCCCCUGAGGGUGUCUGCAAAAACCCUGAUGAUAAGUUCACAGGUAGCUCCGGGUUUAGGCUUAUCCCUGGUAAUGUUUGUAUCAGGGAAGGAGGGGUAGAUCUCGAUAAACAAACAGAACGUGUUUGCUCGGAGACAUUUAAGAACCCUCCCGCUGGCCAGAUCGUGGUAGAGAAGUCAUUUUUCACAGCAGACUAUUACAAAGAUUACUUCUACCUCGAACGCAAAGAGAGCAGCAAGGGCGAAGACGAAACAGUCAUCAUGAUUACUUCUGAGCAACAGAUAUUUCUUAGUAGAGAUCACGGCAAGAAGUGGAAGCAAAUUCUUGAGGAAGAAAAGAUAACCCGGAUAGAGCCGCAUAGAUUUUUCGAUGAUGUGGCGUACUUCCUGACAAACAACGGGGAUGGAUGGUAUACUCUGGACCGUGGAGAUACUUUCAGAAAAUUCAAAGCCCCUCUUCCUCCGAAUCAAGAUAAGCUCCCGGUCCUUUCAUUCCACCCAGAUAGGAGAGACUGGCUUAUAUGGACAGGUGCCGAUGAAUGCAAUGGCAACGGAGGUAAUUGCCACUCUGUUGCUUACUACACUACGAACUUGGGGGGUGAGUGGCACUUCCUCAUGCGAUACGUUCGCAGAUGCGAGUUCAUUUCAAGGGAUGCUCGAGGCUCAAGCGACAAACUUGUGUUCUGCGAACAAUUCGAAAAUGAAAACCCUUCAAAUAAACACCUGCAACUCCUCUCAACAGAGGAUUGGUUUGCUGAGAAAAGACUCCACUAUAGCAAUAUUCUGGACUUUGCAACCAUGCAAGAGUUUAUCAUCGUGGCUAUUCGAGGAGAGAACUCCCAAGACUCACUUAGAAUCGGUGUUAGUAUUGAUGGGAAGACUUUUGCGGACGCCGAACUCCCUGCCAACGUUCAAAUUCCUAUACAGCGGGCUUAUACCGUCCUGGAGAGCAGAACCCAUGCUGCCUUCCUCCAUGUUACCAUCAACAAUAUAGAGGACCACGAAUACGGAAGUAUCAUAAAGAGCAACAGCAACGGAACCUCUUACGUUCUCAGUUUAAGUGCAGUGAAUAGGAACUCUCGUGGAUAUGCCGACUUUGAGAAGAUGCAGGGUUUGGAGGGUGUUGCGAUGGCUAAUGUCGUUGGGAACGUGGCCGACGUUGAAAACGGAGCCGCUAAAAAGUUUAGGACCAUGAUUACUCACAACGAUGGCGCCGAAUGGACACUCAUGCGCCCGCCAGACAAGGAUUCCGAAGGGCGCUCAUACGCUUGCUCAACGAAAGGAGGGAAACCAACCGAUGCAUGCGCCUUGCAUCUUCACAGUUAUACCGAGCGCGCUGAUCCACGAGAUACAUAUUCGUCACCUUCAGCGGUUGGCAUUAUGAUAGGAACGGGCAAUGUGGGUGAUUAUUUGUCACUUAAAAGCAAGGCUGAUACAUUUAUCACCCGAGAUGCUGGUAUAACCUGGGAAGAGGUAAAGAAGGGCAAGUAUCAAUGGGAAUUUGGCGACAGUGGGUCCAUCAUCGUGCUUGUGCCCGAGUCCACACCAACAAAAACACUCCUAUAUUCUCUUGACGAAGGAAGGAGCUGGAAGGACUUCGAAUUUUCGGAAGUUGAGAUGCAAAUUCAGGAUAUAUCUACCGUACCCUCGGAUACUUCUCGAAAUUUCCUGCUCUGGGGCAAGGAAGUCGGACAAGGGAAAAAGCCUGGCCUCGCCACUGUUAACAUUGACUUCUCGGGGCUGAAAGAGCGAUCCAAACAGUGCGUCUUGGAUGAAAAGAAACCGGAGGCAGAUGAUUACUAUCUUUGGGAACCAAAGCAUCCCCUUCAACCUAAUGGAUGCCUCUUCGGUCACAGAGCCAAAUAUCACCGCAAACGGCCCGACAAGGAUUGCUAUAACGGCCGAGAACUACAGCACCUGGACUCCAUUGGGGAUAUCUGCGAAUGCACACGAUCGGAUUAUGAAUGUGACUACAACUACGAGCCUCAAAGCGACGGCAGUUGUGCGCGGGUCGCUGGCCUCGAACCUCUUGACCCAAAACUUGUCUGUACUGAGAAUCCCAAAGCCGUAGAAUGGUAUGAGCCAACUGGCUACCGGCGCAUCCCCCUAACGAAGUGCCAAGGUGGCAAGCAGCUCAACCAUAUCGUCGCUCACCCUUGCCCGAACAAGGAAGAGGAAUUCUUCAAGAAGCAUCCGCGCCUACGUGGCAUCGGUCUUUUCUUCGUCAUCCUCAUCCCCAUCUGUCUUGCUGCAACUGCUGGGUAUUACGUCUAUAAUCACUGGGAUGGAAAAUUCGGUCGCAUCCGUCUGGGUGAAACGGGCUCGGGAGGAUUAUUUGAUCGCGAUUCCCUCCUCGUAUCAAUCCCUGUAUCCAUGGUGGCGGGGGUUGUCGCGGUGAUUACAGCGCUGCCACUUCUGGUAUCCAGCCUGUGGCGUAGUGUCAGCGGAUAUGUUCGUGUGCCUGGCGGGGCUUCUUCGCGACGACCGUAUUCUUCCAGAGACUCCUUUGCCGCACGAAGGAGUGACUAUGUUGGCGUUGUGGAAGAUGAGGAUGAGUUGCUUGGGACAGAUGAUUUUGAUGAUGACGAGGAGGGCGAUGAGAGGAAUGGUCAGGUAUGAUAAAGACUUUCUUGCGUGCUGGCGUGACGGAGCGAUACUGUUUUCCUUUAUUGCUUUUGAUUUCUCUCACUCUUUUUUCUCGAUGGGGCGGGGAAGUGAGAAUGAAAUUAAUUAUAUUAGAUGAAGAAUAAUGGACAUGUAAAUGAAACUAUAACUAUUGUUUUUUGUUUUAAAAGUUAAUUCUUCAACUUUUUCUUUUCUUUUUUGGCAUUUUUUUGGCAAGAUUUUUUGGUAUAUCAUUGACAAGAUGUACAGUACUUCCCUUACAGACGGAUUUAAUACUCAUGCUUCUGAACUAUAAAUUAACCUUUGUAUUGUGAUGACUUUUCCAUAUUGCGGAAUACUGUUGGCGACAUUAUUAUGCUUUAUACUAUCCUCCUAUAUGUCUGAUCUACACUAAAUUGUUAUUUUCAGCAUUUCCUCUUUUGCUUUGUUUCCUUGAGUCCUGUACUUGCAAUCCUAACAUUAAUCAACAAGGGACAUUCCGAAUCCUUUC